CAACAAAUGCGUUCUCAGAAGACCUUACGGGCAAUGUUUAUACGCUGCCAAAAGAUGCCUGGUUGAUGGCAGCCUUGUGCACAGUCAACUUGGAUCCGAACAUUUUUCCGGAACCUGAAAAAUUCAAAUCAGAACGAUUCAUCAAUGAAAACGGCCAAUUGCUUGGAUACGAAAAGGUUUAUGCAACCUUUUCAUUGGGUUCCAGAGACUGUCUGGGAAAAAAUCUUGCUAAAAUGGAAAUGUUUCUUUUCCUAACAACACUGGUGUGGGACUACGAUAUUGAAAACGAGGCUGGAAAACCUCUUCCGUCAUUAGAAGGAAUGUCCAGGGGAUUCCGUGUUGCUGUUCCCUAUCAAGUUUGCUUGAAAAAGAGAGAAUAAAGUAGAAGUACAAAGGAAAAUUUGU